AUGUUGCGUCUCCAUCAUCCGCAGUUCAUUUCUCUCAGCAGAUUCGUACGUCUUUUCUUAUCACGUGACCGUCGACAAACCCAAUUGCAAAGCGGGGGGGUGAAAGAGAAGGAAAUAGAGAUAAAAAUCGCUCUCUCUUUCCACCCACCUCUCUCUCUCUCUUUCCACCCACCUCUCUCUCUUUCCCCCUCAUUCUUUCCGCCUAUCUCUUCCACCUCUCUCUCCCCUCUCUCUCUCUUUUCACCCACCUCUCUCUCUUUCCCCUCUCACUCUUUCCGCCUAUCUCUUCCACCUCCCUCUCUUUCCACCUACCUCUCUCUCUCUUUUCACCUUUCGUUUAUUGUUCUUUCUUUCUUUCUUUCUUUCUUUCUUUCUUUCUUUCUUUCUUUGCUCAAUUCUUGUGCCAUAUUAGAUAAUAUCUAUCUAUCUAUCUAUUAUGGGAUUGAACCGGACCAUAACACUAUCUUAUUCUGUCUAUUUCUAUCUAUCUAUCUAUCUAUCUAUCUAUCUAUUAUAGCUGCUUUUCGUGAACAGGAUUUACGAGGUUCUUCUAUAUUUGGCGCAGAUCUACUGGUGGCUAAUGAGGCCAAUCCCGAAGUGUUUCUUUUAAAAAAAAAAGAAGCUGUCACAGAAGGAAGUUCAACAGGGACUAUCUAUCUAUCUAUCUAUCUAUCUAUCUAUCUAUCUAUCUAUCUAUCUAUCUAUCCCUCUCUCUCUCUCUCUAUAUAUAUAUAUAUAUAUAUAUAUAUAUAG